UUUAUCGUUUGUAAACACUGCAUUAAUUUUUCACAGCCCACUGCUUAUUUUCUACAGGCAACAUUCUAUCAGCCUAAGCUUUAAAUUGGGGAUUUUUAUCGGCUGCUGAAUAUAUACAGUGUGUUUUUGGAGUGUAUUAUUGUUAUUCGGCAGAGCUCGAGGAUUUUCUUGACAGGUCGUUACUCUUGGAAUAUAUGUACUGUAGAGAGGAUAUUGAAUUGAGCAUACCUGCAUGUAUGUUCGGGAGCUGCUAUCGUACGAACUUGACGUCAACGUAGGACUUGAUUCUGAGUAAUUGACUGCAUGUCGCGAGGCUAAAGAGAGAUAAUUUUACCAGCUCUCUUGGAAGAAAACAUCGGACGCUAUAGGUUACUAGAGAGCAGCCCACCCGUGAGAGUCCAUUUUGCCAGCCGCACUGACACAAUCCCAACAAGCGAGGGCAGUAGGUGUAGACAGGAGGCAGCACACAGACGAGGAGGGGGAGACGGAUAGGCGGAGGGGGACGCGAUUCUUGGGAGUGACAGAACGGCAGCGGAUUAGAGGAAGAUGGGGAAACAGAACAGCAAACUGAGGCCCGAGAUGCUGACCGAUUUGAGGGAGAACACAGAAUUCAACGAGCAUGAGUUACAAGAAUGGUACAAGGGCUUUCUUAAAGAUUGUCCUAGUGGACACCUAACCGUGGAAGAAUUCAAGAAGAUAUACGGCAACUUUUUCCCUUACGGCGAUGCGUCAAAGUUUGCAGAGCAUGUAUUCCGCACAUUCGACUCAAACAGCGACGGCACGAUCGACUUCCGUGAAUUCAUCUGUGCACUGAGCGUCACGUCGCGAGGGAAGUUGGAGGAGAAACUGAAAUGGGCCUUCAGUAUGUACGACUUGGACGGCAACGGAUAUAUAUCAAGACAAGAGAUGCUAGAAAUUGUACAGGCGAUCUACAAGAUGGUCGGCACGGUGAUGAAGAUGCCCGAGGACGAGUCGACGCCCGAGAAGAGGACGGACAAGAUCUUCCGACAGAUGGACGAGAACCUGGACGGCAAACUUUCCCUGGCUGAAUUCAUCAAGGGUGCGAAACAGGACCCCUCGAUAGUCAGGCUUCUCCAAUGCGAUCCUAGCGGGAGCGCUGUGACGAAGUGAGACCGUCUCCCGCCCCCCUUCUGUAAAUAAGCAAAAGUAUGGUAGCUGAGAAGAGAGGAUAUUAUUAAAAAAUGAGAGAAAAACAAAGGAGUUGGGUACGAAUUCUGAGAGAAAGGAGAACAACAACAAU